AUCGAAGCAAACAUUAAAAAUGAAUACGAAAUGUUCUCUAUACAAAGCAUUAAACAAAUUUUUAUCUUAAAAAUAUUUAACAAACUAUGUUAUUGAUUGAUUUUAGAGAUGAUUACUUUUUAACAUCAAUGGUUACAAAACUAUUUAUGAAAACAAUGACUUUCAUUGGCACAGAUAUAAAUUGGAACAAACACGAACGAUCCAAAGUCUACAAUCUCAGAAACAAUAUAAAUCACCAUUCUCCUGGUAUAACGUAGUAGCAGGCAUGCUGGCGAAGGUGAUUGAUGAUGAAGAAAGGCAGAGCGGUCAACUUCAUGAACAAGAAAUGACUUCUGCUGUUAGAUCCUUGAGCAGUGAUAGUAUAAAAACUUCACAGGAAAGAAAAAGAGUGGGCCUAGAAGCAAAAUUUGUGAAAAUUCACCCAUGUAAUAAUGCCACCAGCGGUCGGAUGAUUUCAAAGAGGAGCAAAUCGCAGGAAAAACUAUCUUGUCUGGAUGGGAAAUGUAAUUCAACAGGGGAAACGAUAACAAAAGAAAAAAGGGAGAAAAGAGUAAAAUAUGUUCCUUGUCCAUCCUUUAGACCAAAGAAAAAUGAUUCGAGGGAUCAUGAAAUAGAUGAACUUUUGUACUACAAACCCACCAGAGAUGUAGAAUCUCAAGAGAUAGAAGAAUAUCUUCCAGCUAUUUCAAAUACUUCCAUGGAUACCAGAUUUAACCGUGAUUUUCCUUUAACGAAAGAAAACGGUAACAGUUAUGAAUCACCAUUCUUAAAAUGUCCACUGUGUGGCUGGGAAGAUGUGAAACAUGAGCAAAUUGAUUGUAACAAAAACGAGAGAAGAAAUUAUAUUUCUUGUUCGGAAUACAAUAAAAAUCUUUCUGAUGGAUACAGUCUGUGUGCCGGAUGUGACAGAGUCACGCGUGAUAGUUUACCUUUUCGAUCCAUGGGAAUUACUGAUCUAUCAGAAUAUUUAAAAAAGUAUGUGAACAACUCCGAGGAUUUGGAAUUUCUACAGACAUUAUCAAGGCAUGCAUCUUUUGCAUCUUUAAUAACAAGACAUCCAUCUAUUGUAACUUUAAUAACAGGACUCUCUGCAAAGGCAUCAAUUACUUCUGCCAUGAAACCUAUUCAAAUUACGAAGAAAUGUGCUCAUACAGAAAUAGAACAAAGCGAAGAUCCAAAAAGAGUUUUAAAAAGUAAUAUUCCAGCAUCCAUAUCAGUUCAAACGCAAGUUCUACAUGUGGACCCUGUAGUAACAGGUAAAUUACAGUUGGGUACCGUAGAAGCUUCUACCCAACUAAUUCUGCCAGAUCCGGAUAAACAUUCAAAACCAAUUGAAUUCGUACCAAAAGAUGUUUGUCGAGAUACGAAGAAGGAACAAGGUACAGAAUCAGAACCACUUGCAAUUGAAACGCGAUUUUCUAUUGGAAGGAAAAAACGUGAAAUAGGUGUCAAUGCAAUGGAUUCUUUUGACAAAGCAGUGCAAAAUACAGUUUGUAUAUCAAUUCAAACUACAAAUGAAAUUGACCAAAAAGGAAAAGAGCAAGAUAAAUAUUACAAGACUGAUACGAUAGAGAUGAAGGAAGUAGCAAUAAAUGUGGUAGAUCAAACUUCGAAAGGAAUACAGAGUAGCAUCUGUGUAUCACGAGGAAAUUUAGCCUACCGUAUGUCUUUUGAAAAGAUGGUAGAAUUUGGUACUACCAUGUCCUUGCAUCAAGUGCGUAGCGUCGGCUGCGUGACAGCGGAAAAGAUCAAAGAAUUCAAAUCGAAUUUCGUACAAUGCGUUUCUAAAGAAAAAUUUCCUUUGGCUCGAUCUAAGUCUGAUGAUUCUGUGAAACGUUGUGCUCGUCGAGAUACGGAAUUGAAACAUUUUGUGGAAAAAGGAACACAAGAAUUGGAGGAUUCAUGUACAACAGAUACGUGUCCAUUGAAUAUACUACAUCUCAGUAGAGACCCCACCAUGCUCUCAGUUUUACAACAACUUCUGCAGAAAAUAUUAUUUAUACAUGAACAAAAAAUGCAAGACAAAUAUAAAUAUCGCCUAAAAGAAAAUUGUUUCAUCGACAUGGACAAAAUGGUGACAGCAAUCAAAGAAUAUAUAAUGAUGCUAGAGCCAAGUGUUAUCAGAGAUGAUGUGAAAGAAUUUCAUGAGAAGGCUGACAAAAAGUCAUCUUUGACAGAAGUUCGAAGAGGACCAAGUUUGAAGGAAAUUGGCACGUUUACCAUGUGUAAUAAUAAAUUAACCAUGACUGAAGAAGAUAUUUUCGAAUUAAUAUUGCAAUCCACAUUCACGAAAAUGGAUAAAAGACAAGGAACCAUGGAAGACGGUAUAUUGCUAUUAGAGAAAAUGAAGAGGAAAUAUCCAAUGAUAGACAAAGAAGUUUGUACUCAUUUGAAUUGUAAAGAUGUUGGUAUCAGUGGAUCGUUGAUGCAGCUGUGCAAUCGCGACAUAGAAGUUCAAGGUGAUACUCGAUUGUUCAAGGAUUCUGUAUGUGUCGCAAAGUAUGAAGAUAUAACAGAAAGAAUAAGCGUGGGUACCCAGAAACGAGAUCCGAUACUAGUUCGAGUGAUCAAGUGCAAUGAAAGUCAGGCGGUAGUAAGGUCGGAUAAAGAAACGUUAACUAUGAAAAAGGACGUACAUUUUGAAAAGAAAUGUAUAAGCAAACGUGUAGAAACAUGCGGUCGACCGACUUGCAUUCCGUCCACUGUUUGUAAAAUAACAAACGAAGCCAAUUUAAAAUCUACUCUUCGUAAAGAGCGCGAAAAUGAAAUGAUCGAUAGUUAUGAUAUAUGCGAUAUAAAUUGUAAAGGAAAAAUAUCUUAUGACUGGACUGAUGUAACAAAUGAUAUACUUUCAAAUGUUACUAAUUCGAAAAUUCCGAUAUGCAUGAGACCACUACAAAAAUAUACAUACGCUAGAAGCAAAUAAUCAAACAUUAGGAUUAAUAUAACGUAUAAAAUACAUAAAUAAAUCUUCUAAUAAAAAGAUAUGGAAGUUUAUUUGGGAAAUAAGUAUGAUCUUAAAAUGAUUGAUCUCAUAUUAACUUUUCCUUUUGGAUAUUGUUAUAUUUCUUAAAUCUAUUAUUGUAUCAUAUUUUAUUCUUUAAAAUUGUAUCUUUAAAAAUAUCUUCUUUAUAUCAGCAUAUAGAAACAGUUGUUACUACAAUUGAAGAUCGUUUUACACGCAGUCAUUGAAUUGAAUUUUGAUUGUUCUUUGUUAAAAAAAAAUUGCACUAAAUUGCUAUAUAUGAUCUUGUUCUGUUACAAACUACUACAUUGAACGUUCUUUAUUUUGUAAGUGAAGUCCAUUCGUAAUAGUGACUUGGUUGAAAAAUGGAUUUCUGACUCCAUUUAUUUCAAGAAAAUUUUUAAUGUUACCCAAAAUCUCUAUCCUUUAUUAAAUGCUGGCACAAUAUCUGACGAAAUGGAAGGGAAAAUAAAUGAUUUCUGGACGAAAAAAUGGAAAGAUCAUUGCCAGCAUCUGCACUAUUUAUUUAAACGUUAUCGUGUGUGAUUAGACAAAGAAAUAAAUAUUCAAGAUAUUUUAACUAAAGAAGAGAGUAAGGAAAAUACUAACAAAGAUUUGAUAAAUAGACUUUUACUUACCUCGGAUCAUCUAAUAAAGGAUUAAGUUUUAGGAACACUGUA